GCCUCGCGGCCUGGCUCGGUCUUUUUCUCCCCUGUGCUGUAAGGGCGGCAAGCACUCCCUCUGUCUCCGUGAGAUUUAACACCAAAACGGCAAAAUGAUCAUCUACAAGUGUAUCAUCUCCGAUGAUGAGAUGUUUUCAGACAUCUACAAAAUCUCUACGUCUGAACACGGACUCUUCUACGAAGUUGAAGGAAAGACCAUCACCAGGACGGAACAAUUCGAUGACGCUUUAAUUGGAGCUAACGCCUCUAGUGAGGAGAUAUGUGAGACAGCUGAUGCAUCGUCCAACUCCGGCUGUGACAUUGUUCUCAACCACAACCUUAAGGAGACUGGCUUUAACAAGAAGUCCUACAUGGCUUACCUGAAGGACUACUGCAAGAAUAUUAAGAAGAAGCUGGAAGAGACCAACCCUGAUAGAGUGGAGGGAUUCCAGGAGGCCUGCAAAUUAGAAGUGAAAGCUAUUAUGGAAUCCUUGAAAGACUUCCAGUUUUUCACAGGAGAGAACAUGAACCCUGAUGGCAUGGUGGGUCUGUUGAACUACCGUGAGGAUGGCAUCACACCAUACAUGCUUUUCUUCAAAGAUGGCCUGUUGGCAGAGAAAUGUUAACUACCGGGAACUUGAUAUGCUUUUAAAUCGGCUUCUGCUUUCCAAAUGGCCCCAAGAAAAGAUUGACGGAGCACUAUUUUGCAUCAUGCCUGAACAGAAACAUUCUUGUAAAGUUUCUUUAAGAAUUCACAUUAUGGCCCACAGCACCACUACCAACGUAGGGGAAUUCAAACAUGAUUGGUCACCAAUUGCAGUUUUUAACUUUUCCCUCUGUGGCUUCUGCAGUGUUUGAUUUUUUGGCAAAAUUAGCCAAGUUUUUGAAGGAAAAUAAAAAGGACUUAAGCUCUGA